AUGGCGCCUGCGGGUGGCUCUUCUUUGGUGCCGUCGCUGCCACCACCGCGCCCUAAGCCACCACCUGAGUGUCCGAAUUUGUACGGUAAGCGCCGGGAGCUGGCUAGAAUUCAGAUGAUGGAGGCGGAGAUUGGUUUUCUUGAGUCGAUGUGUAGCUCAGAAAUAAAAAGGGAACGCUACAUUUUCUUUGAGUACACACUCGAUAUGUUUCGUGAAUAA